CUCCCAAAAGUUUCUUUUGCUCUCUGCAAGUCUCGCUAAAUAUGUCGACCAAAGGCCCUGCUCUCUUCUCCAACAUUGGCAAGAAAGCCACAGACUUGCUUAACAAGGACUAUAGCACUGACCAGAAGAUCAACAUCACCACUAACACUGAGACUGGAGUUACCCUCAACUCUGGUUUGGUGAAGAAAGGAGGUCUCUCUUGUGGGGAUGUAGCAGCACAAUACAAAUACAAGAACGCUGCACUUAAUGUCAAAGCUGAUACAGAAUCAAAUAUCUCAACAAUGCUUACGAUCACAGACAUCCUGCCUUCUACAAAAACCAUUGCUUCAAUAAAACUCCCUGAUUACAAAUCUGGCAAGUUGGAAGUGCAGUAUCUUCAUGAACAUGCAUCUUUUACAACAGCUGUUGGUCUGAACGGUUCCCCUGCUGUUGACGUUUCGGCAACCCUUGGUACCCCUAGCAUUGCUUUCGGAGCAGAAGCUAGUUACUUGACAAGUUCCAGAGUGUUUGCAAAGUAUAAUGCUGGUGUCAGCUUGACAAAACAAAAUUCCUCUGCUUCAGUAAUUCUUGCUGACAAAGGAGACUCGCUAAGGGGGUCAUACUUGCAUCAUCUAAGUAAGCUGAAUGGAGGAGCUGUUGUGGGAGAGGUAAACAGAAGGUUCUCCACAAAUGAGAACACAUUGACAGUGGGAUGUUCAUAUGUGGUUGACCCUGAAACUGUGGUGAAGGCAAGGCUCAACAACCAUGGCAAUCUUGGGGCUCUUUUACAGCACCAGCUCACCCCCAAAUCUUCUUUAACAAUCUCCGGUGCCUUUGACACCAAGGCGUUAGAGAAGAACCCGAAGUUUGGCUUGGCACUCUCCCUCAAGCCUUGAGCAGAUAUAUUGAUUCAACAACAGAGAUAUGCAAUAGAUUAAUUACACACAACCUUAUUGUUUUUUUUUUCUGGUGCGGUUCAAAUGAGAACAUCUAAUUACAUUUGUUA